UGUAGCACAUAUACUUCGAUAAACCAACUGAUUACUAAUUACACAGACGGACUUUGACCCUGUCACAAGUGAAUAUAUCAUCGUUUUCAUCAGAUUCCAGCUAGAACAGCUCCAAGUGUCUCGCCAACCUGGUGGUACUGCGUCCUAGAAAUCUGUAGAAAAGAGGAAGUGUCUUGUCACGAUGUCCGUCGUAACGAAAGGUGUUUUUAUUGUUGCUGCAAAGCGCACCCCAUUUGGUACAAUGGGUGGCAUGUUUGUGAAUAAAAGUGCAACUGAUUUGUCAAUUGUUGCAUCAACCGCUGCAAUUCAAGCAGCAAAUCUAAAACCAGAGAAGAUAGACAGUGUUAUAUUUGGACAUGUCUUGGUAUCAUCAUCUUCCGAUGGAGGUUUCCUAGCAAGGCAUGUUUUAUUGAAAUCAGGAAUUCCAUUACAAAGACCAGCAUUUGGUGUAAAUAGAUUAUGUGGUUCUGGUUUUCAAUCAAUUGUUAAUGGAGCUCAGAACAUUUUAACAGGAGAAUCAAAAAUUGUCUUAACGGGUGGUGCAGAAAAUAUGAGCCAAGCUCCUUUCGUUGUGAGAAACGUUCGUUAUGGAACUGUUUUGGGUCAGAAAUUUGAUUUUGAAGACUCACUCUGGCUUGGAUUACUCGAUACCUAUUGCAAUUUGCCAAUGGGUAUGACUGCGGAGAAACUCGGUGCUCAAUACAAUUUAAAGAGGGAAGAGGUUGAUCAGUUUGCCUUGAGCAGUCAGCAGCGCUGGAAAGCUGCCAACGAUGCGGGUCGUUUUAAUGAAGAAAUAGCGCCUGUGCAAGUGAAAAUUAAGAAACAGGAUACAGUUGUCAAUGUGGACGAACAUCCGCGUCCGCAAACGACAAUAGAAAGUCUUACUAAACUAAAACCAGUUUUCCAAAAAGAUGGAUUAGUCACAGCUGGUUCUGCAUCGGGUAUCUGCGACGGUGCUGGCGUUGUUAUUUUAGCAAGCGAAGAAGCUGUCAAGACAGAAGGCUUAAAACCAUUGGCGCGUUUGGUUGGAUAUAGCAUUGUUGGCGUAGAACCAAGUAUAAUGGGAAUUGGUCCUGCACCAGCAAUCAAGAACUUGCUUAAACUUACAGGCAAAACACUCGAUGACAUAGAAUUGGUUGAGAUCAAUGAGGCAUUUGGAGCACAGACUUUGGCCUGUGCAAAAGAUCUUAAUCUCGAUUUGAAUAAAUUGAACGUGGACGGUGGUGCUAUUGCCGUGGGACAUCCAUUGGCGGCUUCGGGUAGCAGGAUCACCGCUCAUUUGGUGCACGAACUUAGAAGGCGAAAGGCCGGAAAGUUUGCUAUCGGUUCCGCUUGUAUUGGCGGCGGUCAAGGCAUUGCUGUGAUGGUAGAAGCGCUAUAAUCAACUGAAAAGGCUGAUCUACUAAAUUUCUUCGACGUUUAAUAACGUUAAACGGAAUAAAUACCGCGAAAUAAUAAAAAAAAGUAAUACGCAGGAAAAUUUAUCAAUGCUAAACAAACAAGAUUAAUAAUUUUUUAUCGUUUACUGUGAUGAUAAUAAUGAUUUAUAAUUAUAUACAUAGACAGAUCAUAAAAAAUAUUUUUUAUAUACAAGACUUUUACAUAUUUUUAUACAUACAGAGUGAUAUAAUGUUAAAUAAAAUUGAGAUAUUAAUUAUUCUUUGGAACUCGUGUAAUUUCAAGGAAACAUAAUGUAGCUACAAAAUUUAAUGUCAAUGAUGAAUUCAUCAUUAGAUAGUAGAACCAUGAAGUACUGUAAAAAUCGAAUAGGACAUCCGUAAUAUCUAAAAUACAUGAAAAUUAUUAAUUUUAUUAUAAACAAUUAAAAAUGUUAAUUAUUUAAAAAUUAAAGCAAUCUCAAAAUUAGGUUUGUAUAACAUAUUUAAAAUCAAUCUAAAAAAAUUUUGAUGUAUUUGUAUUUUACUAUUAAGAUAUUAAUUUCUGAAUCAUGCAAUUGAAGAUUAAUUGACGUUUAUGCUUUACCAGAUUUAAAAAAAAAAA